CAGCCUCAGCAUUGGAUCCGGACAUGGUCCAAUGAACACGUGGCGGCCUUGGAGGAGGCGAUGGCGUCAGCCAGAUGCGUAGAUAAAGUGAAUACAAGAGAGAGAGAGGGAAAAAGAGUGAAAGAGGAGAAGAAUGAGAGGAAGAGAGGGCAGUGAUAUUCCUUCUUCUUUCUUUCUCCUCUCUCCUCUUGCCGUGGGAGAACCUACUUUGCAGCGGAAGAUGGAAUGGUGGGAUAAGGUGAUCCAUCCUGUGCAAAGAGUUUGGAAAGGUGUCGCUUUGCGUAUUGGGAUUCGCAAACGAGGGCUACUGAAGCUGCAUCAUGAUGUCAGGGCUUGUGAAUAUGAGGAUGUUCGUGUUAUGUGGGAGAUGCUGAAAAGAAACGAAACUGAAAAUGCUAAGCUUUCAGGGAAGAAGAAGAAGAGAUGCCUCUGGGAUUGCUUUAGCUGGGCUAGGUGCACUCCAUAUUUUGGCCACAGCUGUUGAUCUUCCAUUUGUGGGACUUCUCAAACAACAGUCAUCCACUGCAUUAAUCGAGUGAGAUGUGCAUGUCAGUUGAUAAUAAAAGAGAAAGGAGGGCUCCAUAUAUAUGAGAUAGUCUUGUUUAUCUUCUGUCAGUCGUUUGUAUAUAUCAUCUGCCCACCCAUUAGAUGGAUACAAUCCAUCUCGUCCUUCUCUCUUUGUUUUAUCCCCAGUGGAACAAACUAGUUCUUAGUGGCAUAUGCAAUGUAUGUGUUCUGAAGUAGUACAUUUGUACUAUGUUAUGUGUUCUACAUCAGUUCAUUUGUGCUAUUUUUUUCCA